AUGGCUCAAAAUAUUAUUCCACUGAAGGCACCUAUCACCAAGAAGUUUCAAUUUGGACCGUGGAAGUUGACAUCAACAAAAAGUCAUAUUUUAACUUCAGAGGGAUCAGAAAGAGAAAGGUUUGAAAAUGUAUUGGAAUUACCCCAGGUACCUGAAAUGGUAUUUGCUGAAAAUAUUUUGAGAUUGGAACAUUCUGGUGGUUUUGGUGUGGAGUUUAAUGCAUUAGAUGCUUUAAAACAAGUUGAAGCUCACGAUGACCCUCUGAAAGUAGCAGCAGCUAAAGUAUGGCAAGAAGCUAGGUCGGAAUGUGAACAUAUUAAAAAUGUAGUCAAACCAUUUGAUUGGACAUUUUCAACUGAUUAUAAAGGAACAACUUUUGGUAAUAUAAAGGUAGAAAGAACAGAAGAAAGAAUAGAUUUAGAGAAAUUGAAGAAAAGAGAAGAAAUAUUAUUUUAUGAUGAUUUUUUGUUAUUUGAAGAUGAAUUAUCAGAUAAUGGCAGCUCUAUGUUAAAUUGUAAAAUACGUGUUAUGCCAUCAAGUUUUUUUAUUUUAUUACGUUUUUAUAUGAGAGUAGAUGAUGUUAUUGUCAGAGUUAAUGAUACUAGAUUAUACUAUGAGAGAGAUAGUAAUUAUAUAUUAAGAGAAUACAGUAGUAGAGAUGAUCAAAUCAAAGACCUAAAAAUCCCUAUACAAAUAUUAACAGAUAUGAAUCAAGUUGGACCUAGAUUAACAAUAAGACAAGAGAAAUAUGACAAGUUAGUGUUCCCUGGUGAAGACAAUAAACCUACAAGUUGA